AUGAAGAAACAGAGUGCACUUUCUGUGGACAGUACACAUAAAGCACUCGCGGAUUACGCAGCUCUUGGAGCACUGAGAAAGGAGGAUCCCACAAACGAAGCGUUGACGCAAAUCGACUAUGAAAUUCAAACCUACGUAGAUAAACUGAAUGCAAGGACAUUCUUAGUAGUCUCUUGCUUCACUUACUUCCGUGUUUUGGACGAGUUGUGGAAACUGCUUGAUGAAAUAGAAACACGUUCUAAGGAUUUGAAUCUCUCCGACUUACAAUCGGUUAAUGACACAAUAGAAAGUCUUGAACAGGGCAUGGUGAAUUCUAAUAAUAAAGUAGCAUCUCUUGGUCGCGAACUUGAGAGAUUGCGGGUCGUUCUUCAAAAAGCGGAUCCGGAUUAUCUUGAUCAAUUGGAAUCAGGGUACAGGGACGCAUGCUUACAUACUGCUAAUGCCCAACAAAUAAUGCAGCUGCGAAAACUUGUUUUGAAGAAGGAGCUAAAGGCGAGUUAAAUAUCAGCAAAAGUGGACAUGAUCUCCUCAGUGUCUGAAGAAGUUGAAGAAUUAUUUGAAUCGAAGUGCGUGGGCAAAACGGCAAUCGAAGCAUCCAACAUCAUUUUGGACUGUCGUGAACUCCAUACGAAAGCCAGUCAUGCGUACGAAGAAUGCAGAAAAUUAUUUGAUACAUAUCGGUUAAUGUGCGAGGCUGAUCUUCGACAAAUGCGAAAACCCACUCUCUCCUUGAAGAAUCGCCUCGCUAAACAGUACCCCCAACUACGGAAACGCAUUGAGGAAGUUAUAGCAACUACUAGCAACGCUGAACACUGCUAUACGGAGUCUGACAAGCUGCUUAGAAUUGUGGGAGAAGAGCUUCUCAAAAUUGCAGCCAGUGAGACUCCGGUUUUGCCAGAACAGAAGAGCCAACAUCUUCUCGAACUGGCCGAACAAUUCGAACAGCUCAAAUCCCGAGCAUCGUCCCUCUUGAACAGCCUGAAAGCUGAAACUCGACAAAAGGGUUCCCGCGAAGUCUCUGAAACAUUAACCGAAAUAAGAGGAGGAUUAAGACUGCGGCUCUAUACACUGCUGGUAAAACUUCAAGAGUACGAACUCUCCAUAACCGGACAAUGCCAAAUAUUCAAUCUGGCUGAAGACCUGGUUCCACAGUGGCGAGCAUUGACACUAGACUCUCGAACUCAGUCUCCGUCUUACACCGCCGAUUUUGCCUCCUCGUUCUAUUCCCUCCGGGAUGACCUCCCGGACGACAGAAGAACUUCCAACAGAGUCACCACACUCGGAGGGUCUAUCUGGAUUACCUGGCAUGGUAGAUCAAGUGAGAUGUCACUUUCGGAUCUGAUCUGCCUGUUGAUCUUUGUCGCCUUCUUCUUCUUCUUCUUCUUCUUCUUCUUCUUCUUUUUCUUCUUCUUCUUUCUUGAGCGCAUGCUUCUUUUUUCAAAGUCGUACCACUCCCUCGCGUGGUGUUCCAGGUUAGCUAAUAAGAAGGCUUUUACGAUGCACAGUUUCGUUGAGCAAGCGACAAACGUCCUUGAGCAUGUUUUUCCUGAUGACAAUAAACAUGUUUUCAACCUACCGCACCUGACCUUCCGAUCAAUCUAUCAGUUCACAGACCUCCUGCUGCAGUUGAAGACCCUGAUCGAUGCAGUCGGUAUUCACAAGUCCCAGGUGGAUGAGUUGGUGCAACAGCACGAGGAGGCUCGUCGGACGGCCUCCGCGGAAUGGCACAAACUGGAGUCCCGUCUGUCCGAUGCCGUCGCUCGCCCUGAACUCCCUCCGGACAGGCUCAGUAGGCUCCAGGUCCUGCAGACGGAGACUAAGAACCGCUUCUCCGAUUGGCUGCAUGACUGGGAA